UGUUGAGGACACAGAAACAACCUCACACACACACCGUCCUUUUGUCGUCAUUGAACUUCUUCAAUGAAAGCAAACAGUCUUCUGCAUCUCAGCUGUGUUUUUCCCUCACCUUCGCCAUCAGUCCGGAUUUGCAGUGAAGUUUUGAUUCUUCCCCCCCCCACACAUCUGCAACAUGUGCCUUCUGACAGCUGCCCUGGUGUUUUCUUUACUCUAUUCCAUCUCCUGUGUUCAGUUUCGGGCCCCUCUGAACAUGCGAGGAGUCACAGGGCUGGUUCAGUUUAACUCCACCUCCCAGACAGCCACUGUCACUGUGUCUGGAGCUGGCUCCUGUGGUACAAUUAACUUUUCCCUCAGUGAGUUCCCUGUCAUGUACGGACAUUUUGCUCAGCCUUGCUCAGAAGCAAAUAUCGGCUCCAGCAUUUUUACCUUCACAGCUGAUCCUGCCUCAAGCUCCACCAUUAAUGUGUCACACCUCUUUGAACAAAGUCCAAAUCUGGAUGACCACUCCUUGACAUUGCAGACAUGUAACGGCACUAAAGUAUGCACAGUUGUAAGUCGAGGGCAAACAUUCUUGACUCGUCAGGCAAGGUUCUCUGGACCUAUUGCUGGUAAUGUGUACAUCCGCCUCAACAAAGGAGAGACCAACCCAAGGCUUCUUGCAGACCUUGUUACAAUCGGACAGGUCAAUGCCUCACAAACCACCAUAACUCUCUUUGGAUCUGCAAGCACCGCUGCAACCUGCGAUGUUCUACUAGGAAGCUUAGACGCCUCGACUUUGACCAAUUUGGGUGUGGUAAAGGUCGGAACGCCUUUGCAAUCAGAGAAGUCCCGUCUGAACGAGACCAGCCUCAAAGACAGACCUGGCUUUCUUCUCUUCCCCAUGGGAUCAAGUUACAAGUGUGCUCCUAUUUAUGAUGUGCCAGAGAAACAGGUGACUGCUGUUGUAAAUAUGAGAGGAAUCAAAGGAUACUUCAGCUUCCGCCAGGCUUCCUGUUUUGAUACGACAGAGCUGAGCGUGAACCUGACUAACUUACAGAGCAGAGUUGGCCUUUACCAUGUCCACCUUUUUCCUGUCCCCUCACCGAGGCUGUGUUCAAAUGAUAAUGUGGGUGGCCACUGGAACCCAUUUAAAGUCAAGACUAGUGACCCAACAUACCCAAAAGUUCCUGGGUCAACACAUGAUAAGUAUGAGAUUGGUGACCUAAGCGCCAAGCACAUGUCCCUUGCAGGUAAAAAUGAGGCAAAUAUGGUUUUCACGGACUUCAACCUCCCUCUGUUUGGACAGAACAGUAUUGUAGGUCGCUCUGUUGUAAUUCACCAAACAGAUGGUGCCAGGUAUGUUUGCGCCAGCAUCAGCUAUCCUGGCGCUGUGACAAUUGCCAGAGCCAGAUUUCAGGGCCCUGUGAUUGGUGAGAUCUUGUUCAUCCAACUGAAGAACAACCCUCUGUCUGACGUAUCCAUCUUCGUGGAUGUGUCGUAUGGAAAUCAAACACUGACACCAACCAGGAACCAUAAUUGGCAUGUUCACACCUACCCAAUUAGCUCAGAGAGGGAUGAUGACGAAAGGCGUUGCAGCACAACAGAAGGACACUGGAACCCCUUUAACAUCAACACAGGAGACAGCAGUUAUAGUUUCCACUGUUCCCCAUCCAUUCCCUUCUCCUGUGAGGUGGGAGACUUUUCUAACAAACACAGCCCCAUCAACCUCGGCACCAGAGUGGGUGAAGUGGAAGCAAAAAACUUCUUCACUGAUGUCACCUCCUGGUUGUCUGGAUCAGGCAUUAUUGGUCGUUCUGUAGUCAUCCAUCAAGCAGACAGAGGAGGGCCAAGGAUUGCUUGCGCUAACGUUACAAUGGUGCGGGUCCACAAAGCUAGCUUGGAUAACUGGUUUGGCCCGGGGAUGUCCAGCGGCCAGGUGCAGUUCUCUCAAGCUGUCCCACAGGGCCCCACGACUAUCAAUGUAUCCCUGAUGAACCUGAACUCCUUAGCUGGGGGCUACCAUGUUCACAUACUGCCCAUCAAACCUGGCAGUGCACAGCCCUGCUCCAAUGCAAACAUCAUGGGCCACUUCAACCCAUUAGCUUGGAAUGUAUCAAACUCUCCCACACCGGGAACUGGAACUAUGGACCAAUAUGAAGUUGGGGACAUCAGUGGGAAGUUUGGGAUGCUGAAUGGCCUCAGCCAGUCUGAGGCUCUAUAUGAGGACCCUGAUGUGCAAUUAACUGGACCCUACAGCAUACUGGGGAGGUCACUGGUGGUUCACUAUGCCAAUGGAUCAAGAAUGAGGUGUGCUGACAUCUCAGCUGAGAGAGACACAGAAGGAGAAUGGACUACUGCCAAGGCUGUAUUUAACGGUGCAGUAACAGGGACAGUCCGACUGCGUCAGCAGAUGUUUCCUGAUGGGAGUAGCAGUGAUAUCACUCUGGAUGUGACCCUUCAAUCAUCCAGACGAGAUAUGACUGUGGCAUCCUUGUUUAUCACAAGUCACCGUUCGGGCAGCAAGUGCAGUGAUGUGGGGGACACGUACAAUCCCUUCAACAUGACAUCAGUGGACUCCAGGUGUUCAUUAGAAAACCCUCUGAGCUGUGUGAUGGGGGAGAUAUCCGCAAGGCAGGGCCCAGUCCGGCUGACCGAGAGUCAGCUCUUCACAGACAGUAUCAUCCAGCUCCAUGGAGACAACACAGUGGUCCACAGAUCUCUGGUGCUGAAGAGUGGAGACAGCAUCAUUGCAUGCACGGACAUCCUCCCAGAAUCCCCUGCAGCAGAGCAGAUCUUUCCCAAAGUGACUGUCUUCAGCAGAUAUGACUUCCGUAGGAGAGUUGCAAAUGUCCUGCAGUUGGAAAUGGCAAGAGUCACCAUCCUGCCCAGAUCUCUCCUCUCUGCAGCAGAUGGAAGGUGCCAGCAGGUCAACUUCAUUGUAUCUGGGGACGUCGGCAAAGAACUGCUGAAGUCUGUCAAAACCAGUGAGAAGAUGGGCAACUACAGAGAGUCAGAGUCAUGUACAACUGUGGACACCUCUCUUUCCAUGCCCUCAGGAAAUGCUGUUGUGCCACUGGCGCCGGCAGGUUUUCUUCUGGGCUUGAUGUUUGCUGCCGCCUGCCUGCUGCCAUCGACAGCUUUUUUUUAGUUCUGACAUUGAGCCACAUCGUGCAUCAUUAGCUGGGAUAUGGGGAUCUUCUUAUUGUAAAUCUGUGAAUAUGUAUAUGAAACAUAGCUCACCAAGUGUGGUAAUCAUCAUCUGAUCAAUCAGCAAAUAAACAAUAAUUGUGUCUCUUCUUACAACAUCUGUCAUCCAAUAAAGAUCUUGCCAUUUAACAUUUAAUUUAGUAAUAAACAUUUUAGGCAAUGUGCUGUUCAUAACUGUCCAGUGUGUUUUUAUAGACAUGUUUUAUUCAUUUGGACUUCAGGGGAGUUAACGGGUUACAUUUUCAAGUUUACACAUGUUUUUCUUUGUGUAUUCACUAUCAAUAAAUCCAAGUUUUGUGUAAAUAUAUCGAAGCUUCUCAAUAAAAAUACAAUAAUGUUUGUAUGCCUUGUGCCAA